AUGAGGCUGACACCAAUAAGAGUCCGUGGCAAGAGAGGGCAGCCCAAGCCUGACAAGAAGCGCAAAGAUGACGGAUUCGAUGAACCCGACCCACAGGGGCUACCAGCACCGAAGCGAGCCAGGAAACACCAUGCGAAGCAAGCGAAGCAUGGCGACCCCAGGCUGAAGAAUGGCCUCUCGCGCCUGUCCCAGCUGCCUCAAGAGGUUCUCGAGCGUGUUUUUGUCGCUUCGCAGAAUUUGUCUCUGCCCCUCGUCAGCCGCGACUUGCACCAUCGGCUGUCUAGCGACUCUAUCAAGUAUCAGAUGGUCGGUGCGGCUUUUAGGUCGACCUGGGACCGGUAUUACGGCGUCGACAAGUUCGAGACGUCGUCCUACGACGGUUGGCAGUGGGAUGUGAGGAGGAUUGAGGGCGAUCAUGACUUUCAGUCUGCCAUCCUCGCCUGCUCCUGGGCCAAGAUCCCCAUGAUUCUGUCGUCUUUUGAUGUCUGGGUCCGGCAACACGCCGCUGGGAGAGCUUAUUUCACCAUUCCUCAACUGAAAACGGAGCGCUUGGCGGACACUCCUCGAGCAGGAAGUCUCUACGACAGAGCCUAUGUCACCUCUGACGACGACGACGACGACGAGAGCACCUCCAUCAUGGCGAUGCGCGAGAAACUGGGCUUCGACUUUGAGUGCUUUCUGAGAUAUAUACUACCGCCCAGCUCGGACUCGAGUGCACUCCCCGGCAGACGCCUCAGGUUCCUGAGCGACCGCCUGCGUGCUCUGCUCGGGACACAUCUCGAGAUCCACCCCGGCACCAAGAUCCCACUGACCCUACUUUCCGGGCCGUUCGAGUCCGAGGAUGGGGCCAUCACUCUGGGAGUCGAGAAGAUGCAGCGACUGUUCUGGCUUGUGCGCGGCGGCGCCUGCCUCAAGGAGGACCAGACGUGGGAGUCCACUCGGGAGGGCUUCCAGCACAUCCUGCAGCUCAUCGCCAACGCCGGGGCGCGAAACCCGAGCGAUGACCACCAAGAGCCCCCCAGCGGGCAAGGCGAGCCGACAUCAUCACCACCACCAGAACCGGCCCCAGCACCGAUGGAGCGGCUCAAGCUGGCCGCGGGACUUCUUGCCCUGUUCGAUUUCCUCGGCGUGUUUGACGCCCAAUGGCCCCGCUACAUCGUCCAGACAUCCUUACUGCAGGUAUCCCAACUGAUACCAGCCUCCGAGCCGCGGUCCGCCCAGGAGGCACUCCUGGGCGCGCUCGCCUCAAAGCUGCGCGGCGUGCUCGGUCGGCACGGCGGGCGCAUUGUGGACGCCCGGCACGUGGGCAUGCCAUGGGCGCUGCAGCUUGAGAGUCCCCGUUCAUACGUGCGGGAGGCUGGAUACGCGGACGUCUGGCGGCAGCGCGCCAAGAUGUUCCUGUAUCCUCUCGAAGGCGCCGCCGAGAGUAAUAAUCUGCCGUCAUCACCGGCGAUGGGAGCUGCUGUCGGCGGUCUCGGACAUGAGCCUUGGUCGGACUUUGGGUUGGACUGA